AUGUCAAACACCCAACCCGCCAUCUCCAACAACCCUCCCCUUAAUGAAAGCGCAUCUCCACCAACCGACGACCCUCCCACCAGACCCAAUGGCAGAGGUGACUCAGACCCGACCCCCACCCCCAGCCCCUCAAAAUUCACCUCCCCCCUCCGCGAAGCCCUCUUCAUCCUCGUCGUUUCCCUCUCCCAACUCUUCUCCAUCGGCGGCCUGGGCAACACCGCCUUCUCCGUCCAAACAAUCGGCCGCGCCUUAAACACGACAUCCAACGCGCAACUAUCCUGGUUCCUCUCCGCGUACGCGCUCUGCGGCGGCGCCUCCGUCCUCGUGACCGGUCGGCUCGGCGACCAUUUCGGGCACAAAUACGUCUUCAUCUUUGGGUGGAUCUGGAUGGCGAUUUGGUCGCUCGUCAGCGGCUUUGCGAACGAUGUCGUGCUGUUUGAUGUUGCGAGGGCGAUGACGGGAUUGGGGAAUGGGGCGUUGGUGCCGAAUUCGUUUGCCUUGCUCGCGAGGGCGUUCGAGCCGUUUAGUGUGAAGAAGAAUAUUGCGUUUGCUAUAUUGGGGUUUUGUGCGCCUGCUGGGUAUGUUUUUGGGGGGCUUGUUGGGGCUGCGUUUGCGGAGAAGGUGACCUGGCGGUGGGGGUAUUGGUUUUGGGCGAUUGGGUCGCUCGUGCUGGGGAUUGCGAGUUUUGUUGUCAUUCCGCAUAAGGUGGGAUCGCCACUUCCUGGACUUCGUCUUCGGCAAUUCGACUACGUUGGUACGUUUCUCGGCGUUACUGGACUGGUCCUCUUCUCUUUUGCGUGGAGCCAAGCACCUGUGGUUGGGUGGCAAGAACCUUACGUAUACAUUCUUCUCAUCGUCGGGCUGGUCAUGAUUGUCGGCUUUGGUUUUUCUCAAUCACGCGUGUCAGCACCGAUAUUGCCCAACUCGCUCUGGGCACGCAAAGGCUUUCUGCCUAUCAUAGUAGCAAUGUGCUUUGGCUGGAUGUCCUUUGGUAUCUUCCUUUACUACACCACGAUAUACAUCCUCACCAUCCGCAAGGAAACUCCGCUUGCUGCUGUAGCAGAGAUGUCUCCACUGGUCCUCGGAGGCCUCUGCGCUACAGCUUCAGUCGGCAUCUUCAUCAUGAAGGUUCCUGCUCAAUAUAUCUUUGGGGUCUCUAUGUUCGCAUUCUUCUUUGGCGAUCUACUGAUGUGCUUCGUGCACUACUCGGAUGUCUACUGGGCAUUCAUCUUUCCGGCGUGUCUAUUUGUCACAGGAGGACCAGAUCUAUCCUUUUCGUCGUCUAGUAUCAUCAUCUCUAAUGCAGUCUUGCCUGAGGAACAAGGUGUGGCCGGAUCUUUUAUUGCUACGGUGGUAAAUUAUUCAGUCUCCCUUGGCCUCGGUAUUGCUGCCACAGUAGAGACGCACGUCAACAAGGGCGAAAGCGAUUUAAUUCUAGGCUAUCGUGGUGCAUGGUGGCUUGGUAUCGGAUUUGCGUGCACUGCCUUCCUGAUUGCCGUGCUUUUCGUCCGUGAUCCUCGCUUCGAGGGGACUAGAAAGAAAGUAAACAAAGGCGACGGGAUGAUGGACGAGGAAGCCUCUAUACCAAAGGAAGGGGCAUCAUCAUAG